AUGGACUGCUCGGGCGAAUUCCAGAAGUGGAAGACGCAGAGCCUGAGCAAGGCGGACCUGAGCUGGAAAGGCAGCGUGGACGAGGAUGUGGUGAAGCUGGUGUGGCUCCUGAACGGCCGCGAGCAGUUCUUCACCAAGAGUUCCUGUGCCGGCCGCAUCCUGCUGCUGGACCGGAGCAUCGAUGGCUGUGAAAUCCAGAAGCAAAAUUGUUCCUGGCUGCUGGUGACCUACGGGCUUUGUGCUAAGGAUGACGUGUUCUCAGCUCUGAAGAAAGCCAAAGGGGACGCCAUGCUGAAGUUUGAGCCGUUCGUCCUUCACGUCCAGUGUCGGCAACUGCAGGAUGCCCAAGUCCUGGCCGGCCGUAAUACCCAUGGCCUGGAAGUCCCAUUGAGCCACGAGGGAAGACUGAUGGUGACUGAGGAAUAUAUUGAUUUCUUGUUGAAAAUAGCCAAUCAAAAAAUGGAAGAAAACGAGAAAAGAAUCGAAAGGUUUUACAGAUGCCUCCAGCUGGCCCUGGAGAGGACAGAGGCCAGCGGUCUGCAACAGGCAGAAAAGACGACUCCUCCCGUGUACACUCACAGGAGGAAGAGAAAGACAGGAAAGAUGCCUGGCCAGCACAGCUCUCCAGAGAGACAGACAGACUUUGCAAGUGAUGAAGACCAUGCAGAAAUCAGUCUCUGCUUUUUCCCUGAAAAACUAUUAAUAGUUGACUUUAAAAUGCCUUUGCAGGAAGACAUUUUGUGGCCCUUUGCAGUCUUCCUUUUUAUAAGAGUGAUUUCUUUUGCUUAG